UAAAGAAUCGCCAGUCGCUGCACCGUGUAAAUAUAGGGUAGUGUGUUACAGACCGAUUGAAACGUGCGCGUAGUCACUCACGAAGUGACUUAAUCUGUUCAAGAUGAAUGGUGGACUUGGUAUUGUCUUUGCGAUUGUAAUUUUUUUAGUGGAAAGCGAUGCAGUGAGGGUAACCGGUGCCGACGACCAGUCAACUGCUGCCAGCUAUUGGGAUUUUUCGUCGGUAGAUAAUCCAGAUUUUUUCACGUCCCAGCAGGGUGUGAUACAGUCUCACCCCAAUACCAGACAAAGAGGACCCGCCAAGACACACACUUUCGUAAAACAUUUAGAUUUUAAAACAUCGGCGACGAACGAAUUACGAAAUAAUCCUUCUUUAUCAUCUCCUGACGAAUGUGCAAGAGCUUGUAGGGAAGGUGAACCUCCAAAGACUUGUUACUAUCACUUCACAUUGGAAUAUUAUACUGUCCUUGGAGCAGCUUGCCAAGUAUGUACACCAAACGCAACAAACGCAGUAUGGUCAAAUUGUCAAUGCGUGCUAGCUGACGGUGUCGAAAGGGGUCUUCUAACAGCCAAUCGCAUGUUACCUGGUCCCAGUAUUCAAGUAUGUGAAGGUGAUAAGGUAGUAAUUGACGUUGAAAAUCACAUGGAAGGCAUGGAAGUUACUCUUCACUGGCACGGUAUUUUCCAAAAAGGGUCUCAGUAUUAUGACGGUGUGCCAUUUGUUACGCAGUGCCCCAUUCAACAAGGAAAUACAUUUAGAUAUCAGUGGUUAGCUGGCAAUGCUGGUACACACUUCUGGCACGCCCAUACAGGAUUACAGAAGAUGGAUGGUCUAUACGGCAGCAUUGUUAUCCGUCAACCUCCUUCUCACGAUCCCAAUAGCCAUCUGUACGACUAUGAUCUCACCACUCAUGUAGUUCUCAUAAGUGACUGGAUGCACGAAGCAGCCGCGGAAAGAUUCCCAGGAAGAUUGGCGGUAAAUACUGGACAAGAUCCCGAAAGCUGCUUGAUCAACGGAAAAGGACAAUUCAGAGACCCCAACACUGGCUUUAUGACCAAUACGCCUUUGGAAGUUUUCACCAUCACUCCUGGCAAAAGAUACAGGUUCAGAAUGAUCAACUCAUUUGCUUCAGUUUGUCCCGCUCAAUUGACAAUCCAGGGUCAUGACUUAACGCUCAUCGCUACCGACGGUGAACCAGUGCAACCAGUCAAAGUUAACACUGUCAUCUCAUUCUCAGGUGAACGAUACGAUUUCGUCAUAAAUGCCGACCAAGCGCCCGGAGCCUAUUGGAUCCAAUUAAGAGGUUUGGGAGAGUGUGGUAUCAGACGAGUUCAGCAACUUGCUAUCCUGAGAUACGCUAGAGGACCAUACCAGCCGUCAUCGUCACCUCCAACCUACGACUUUGGUAUAAGACAAGGAGUGGUACUUAAUCCUUUGGAUGCAAGAUGUAACGAAGUAAGAGCAGACGCCAUUUGUGUCAGUCAACUUAAAAAUGCAAGGAAGAUUGACGAAGGACUCUUGCAAGAGAGGCCAGACGUUAAAAUUUUCUUACCAUUCAGAUUCUUCGUCUACAGUCCUCAAGAUUUGUAUGCUCCUAAUACCUACCAGAGACAUUUAGUCGCACCAAGUGGAGACCCUGUAUUGAGUUUAAUCGAUGAAAUCUCCUACAUGUCUCCUCCAGCUCCAAUUAUCUCACAGUACGACGAUAUUGAUCCAGAGCAAUUCUGUAACGGUGAUAACAGACCUGCAGACUGUGGUCCCAAUUGCAUGUGCACACACAAAGUUGACAUCCCUCUAAAUGCCGUCGUGGAAGUAGUAUUAGUAGAUGAAGUACAACAACCCAAUCUAAGUCACCCGUUCCAUUUACACGGUUACGCCUUCAACGUCAUCGGUAUCGGCAGAUCUCCCGACCAGAACGUUAAGAAAAUCAACUUAAAACACGCUUUGGAUCUCGACAGACAAGGUCUCCUACACAGGCAGUUCAAUCUACCUCCCGGCAAAGAUACCAUAGCCGUCCCCAACAACGGUUACGUAGUGUUACGAUUCCGAGCAGACAACCCAGGAUUCUGGCUAUUCCACUGUCACUUCUUGUUCCACAUCGUAAUCGGAAUGAACUUGGUCUUCCAAGUCGGUAGCCACAGAGAUCUUCCUCCCGUCCCUCCAAAUUUCCCCAAGUGCGGUGACCACUUACCUCCAAUUAACUUUGAUAAAAACUAUCUUAAGUAAUGAUUAAACUAUCUUGUUACCCAUUUUGUUUUCCCUUUCCUAUAGUUAAAGUGAAUUAAUCAAAAACAUAUCAAACAAAUAAGGCGUUGUAAUUAAAGUGCAAAUGCUAAUACAAUACUACGUUCAGUCCCAAGAUGAGCUCGAUGUCACACUGAUCAGUAGGUGUGUCGUGUCGUCGCAGCUUGUCAUUUGUCAUAUCAACGACUCGACAUAUCCACCGGUCGCGUGCCUGAAAUUUUCGUCUGAGCUUAUCUUGGAAAUGAACGUAGGAUAGAAAUAUAGAACAAUUAUUCCCAGUGAAGAUAGACCUAAUUUAUUACCUCCUUAGCCUUCAAAUCAGAAGAAUUACUACAAAGAUUGACAGUAUUAAGUUUUUUUAUUAAAUUUCCCUUAGAUUACUUGUAUUAUUUAUCGAAAUAAUACUUUAGGCCUCAGUUUGUUAGCGAUAAAACUACACCAUGGUAAGUAAACUCACAUUCUGAAUGAUGGUAUAAAUAUAAUCUAUUGAUUAGUUUGGUGAUAAAUUUAAAUAAAGAUUUCUCUGGUUCCGAGAUUAAAUUGUUCGGUUUUUUUAAGUUUUUUCCCAUAUACAUAUUUGUUUUGACUUCCACAAAACCUUCUUUUGGGGAAGUAGGUUCAAUAACUGAAUCCUCCAGUUUAUUCCAGUGCUCGGUAUUCUCAUCUCAUCAUUGGUUUUAAAAAUCAUUUCUAAGAGUUCUGUGUAUUUGUUUGCUUUUUUUUGUAUACCUCGUGUCCAACUCUCAUUCUCUUUUCUAACAUGUAGGUUAUAUAAAAGUAGGUCGUUUUAACCAAUUGGUUAUAUUCUAUUAUUUCACUAUUUAACUCGUUUAAGAUUCAUUUUUUGUAAAUGAAAAAUGAAACCUCUAUACUCUGGGUAUUGAGAUUUUUGAAGAGAAGGAACUGACGAAAUAGGGGGAAAAUAGAAGAGAAGAGAUUUAAAACACUAGUGAAGAGUGGCUUAGCUCAGAAGAACAAAUCAAAUGGGCAGAGAGACACUAAAUCUCAAGUGAGUAUUCGGGCCAGCUUCAAUACACUGAAUAUUGGCUUUAGAGAUAUAAAAACAGAUAGAUUGGAUAAUGAUCUGAUGGAAACAAGGGAGAAAAUGAGACCUGUUAAUCCAAAAAUGGAAGGCAACUUGAUAAAAACGAUGAAAAUAAAGUGAUGUGAAAAGUACGACAAGGAGAGAAGAAUGUUGGCGCCAAUUCGGGCUUUAAGGGCCUAGAAUUUGAAAAGCUCGAGAAUUUUUAAAUAACGAACGACAGGAAAUAGAUGACAAUCACCUGAAAUACAAAAAUUUCACCUGUUAGCUGUUUCGUUGCAUCACUCAUGCUGUUCAAACCUCUACGGAUACGUACUAUUUGGUAUAAUUAAACAAAAACACGUGUUAAGAAUAUGACAGAGUAGCGACUCUUCUCUACCGCGUAACAAAAUCUCCACAUUCAGCAUAACACGCUUUGGCAGAUAACAAGCGAACCAUUUUCAGGAAUUCUCUGAGCACUGCUGCUAUCGAUAUUGCAUUAUGAGUCUCUCUCACAGCGUUUACGGGGUUGCCGUCGAGUAAUUUACAGUGAAGCUAUGUCGACAAAACCUCAAGAAAACAAUUUGAACAAUGCAAAAGCAUGAAUAAUUUGAAUUUUACUUGACUACUUUGUAUCAGUCUUAAAAUAUGCUCACUUUCUUUGAAUCUAUCUUCUUUGAAUCUCACCAUUCUAGGGGAGCUCUUCUGUUUGGCAAAUCUUCUUCAAUCAGAGGAUUGUCAUGUUAAAAUGGAUCUGGGAAGAACACAUAGGAAGAAUGGAAGACAGCUUUUGGACGAAGAGAUUUGUUGAAUGGCGACCAAGAAUGAAUAAGAUAAAUAGAGGCAGACCUCAAUCCAGAUGGACUGAUGACAUCAAGCGAACAGAUGGAAAAAAUCUAUUUAUUUAUCUUCGAGCCUUAAUAUAUAUCCAUCUUUGGCCAUAGGCCUCCCCUUCUCUUUUCCACUGGUUUCCAUCGAGCGCUGUGGUCAUCCAUCUGGAUCGAGCAUGCUUUUUGAGGUCGUCGCUCCAUCUCAUCUGAGGCCUUCCUCUUUCUCUCUUGUGUUCCCAUGGUCGCCAGGAGAUCAUCUGCCUGUUCUAUCUUUCAUCUGCUUGUCGGAUAGUGUGACCUGCAAAUUUUCAUUGGAGUUUUGCCACUUGUUCCUCAACAUCUUUCACUUUGGUUACUCCUCUGAUCCAAACGUUUCUUUUGCGAUCUUUAUAGUUUUAUAUGCAGCAUCUGUCUUUCCAUCGAUCUUUGCGCUUUUGCCACUUUAUCAAGGAAUAGCUUCAGAAUAACAUUAGCAAGGAGAAUAUUGAUAAAGUGGCAAAAUGAAAAAAAUAACGAACAGAAAUGAAUGAACACACCUAAGGGAGGCUUACAUUCACCGUUAAAUGAAAUAGCUGUUGAUGAUGAUGAAUUUUAAAUCUGAUUUGGACCAUUCUAAAGCAUUUUCCUUGUUUUCAUUGCUAUGUACUUUAAAAUCAUGUCAACUCGUCCACUUAUUUAUUCUUUACAUCCCAUAUCUAGUUAUCCCAGUGGAAAUACUGAAUAUAUACAGAUUUUCGUUUAAAAUACUUAUUCUGCUUUUGAUUAAUUCACUAGACUUAUUUUAAACAUUUAUAUAAAAAGUUACCUUUAUUAAAUUUGUUGGUAUUUUAUUUAUUGAUUAAAAAUUAAAAUUUUUGAUCUUGCCAUCACAAAAAAACUGUUAUAUGUAUUAAUUCUUCGUUAUUGUAUCUAUGUUAAAUAUAAUUUAUGUAUUUAUAAAGUGGCGCCAUAAUAUAUAAGAGUAAUGUAUAGUAUUAUAGUAUAUUUAAAUGUUAUACUAGCUUCCCAUAAUCAAAAUUUCCGAAAUAUGAAUACUAGAAGAUUGGUGCUAUGAUCUGUAGAUAUUAGCAAAUCUUAUAAGAAGUAUUUUAAUAGCACGCCAAUGCUUGAUUUCUUAUUUCGAUACUGUGUGUACUUUUACAGAAAACAUUGCUUAUAACCACUCAACUGACUCUAUCCACAGCUAUCAACCUAAAUCUAAAACUUUAAACAGAGUAUUUGUUCCUGGCUGUUCGUCCACCGCUGCAACGCAACUGCAACUCUACUGCAAAAAUACAGUCACUUUUCUAAUGACCUAAGACUCGAUGCACAUUUGCGUGUUUUUAAGGCUUGAAAACAAGCAGCUUGCUCGCAGCGUGUACUCAACUUGAAAAUACGCAAACCGUUGAGCUUUAGUAUAUUAGCAUGUUCCACCCUCUUCAUUCUCAACUCAUACCUACACAGCAGAUAGGUACUGUGCUUGACUAAUCGGGACGAAGAAAAACUAAAAAUAAUAGAAAGGAAGAUCAUCAGAAGAAUUCUUGGGCCAAAAAAUCCAGAACAGGAGGUUUUUACGAUUAAUAACAAGAUAAAUAACAACGAGACAAAUAACCUGAUAAUGGAGUAGAUACAGACAUAAAAGGCUUAAAUGUUGAAAUGGCUUGGGCAUGUAUUAAGAUGAUGAGAAAAUAAAUUAAGAAAGACAAUGUUUAAAUGCAAACCUACAAAUACAAAACCUAGAGGAGGAUUUAAGUGCAGAUGGGUACAUCAGAUCAGAGAAGAAUAUUAGUAAUUGGUUUAUUGAAUUUUAUACAAAUUUUGUAAAAUGUGGCAUAGAUUAUACCUUCAUUUGUCAGAGUUUUUCAAAAAAUCAUUCACUUCAUCAAUUUCUACUCCUCUCUAAUUUUAAAAUAUCAGUGAAAACUUGACUCUUGUAAUGUACAGCUUUAAUACUGUACGCUAAGUACUGUACAGUAAUGCUGCAUACUGUACUGUAAGUGUAAGCAUAUUAUGUACUAUAUUUUAAUCUAAAUUCUCUUUUUGAUCUGCGUUCUCUUUUUUGCAUAUUGCUAUUUAAAAAUGAAUAUUUUUACGUAUUUUUUGGCUCUUACCUUUUUGGCAUUUUUUAGUCUUUUUCUUUAUGUUACGUCUUUGCUUGAGAUCUCUAUUGUGUUGUCUGUCCCAUGUUCAAUUUCCUGUGAUAUCUCUAGCUACAGUUGAGUCCGGGAAUCUUUACCCGUGCGUCAUCAUUUAAAGCAUACGAAUUAAGUCGAUGAUAACUCAGAAAUUGAAAUUUACUAAACGCAACAGCAAGUCACUUACUGUCACUUGCUGUUGCGUUUAGUAAAUUUCAAUUUCCGACUUAUCAUCGACUUAUUUCGUAUGCUUUAAAUGAUGACGAACGGGUAGACAUUCCCGGACUCAACUGUAACUUCAUUUCACAUGUUUUCACAUUAAUUUUCUCAUGAUUAUGGUAUCGGGUCUUGUUUCUGUAAUGUAGGCCAAAACACGGCUCACUGCCGCCUGAGAAAUCUCAGCCUUUUUGUAUGUUCGUAGAUUCCAUAUUCUGUUACUUUACUUAUCUGUUAAAUAGUUUUCGCUUUGGUAUCUCCAGCGCUAAUCAAUGUUUCUAAUUAAACAUAAUUUUCUUCUCAAUUAUAAAUUUAAUUUCUGGCUAAUUGGUCGUAGUAAUCAACGCUGAGUGGUGCGUAAAAACGUAGAUACGAGGGUUGUUCAUAAAAAAAAGGUUCUUUAUGCCGCUGAGAAAGAGUACGACAUGCUGGGAGAAAUCUGGCAACACUGCCUUAUAUAUCAACUCUUCCUCUCACUUACCCCACCACUUUGUGAAUGAAUUUCACAUUGACGGUAACAGAGCCCAAGAUCUCCAUCUUCAAGGCUGUUAGGCCGAUACUGAGCAAUGCAGAGAGGCAAAAGUGGUGGGUGAGAAAGAGCGAGAGUUGAUGCGUGAGACAAUGUUGCCAGAGUUCUUCGAGAACCUCGCAUUCUAUCUCAGCGGUAUAGGGAACAUUAUUUUACGAAUGAACCUCGUAUAUUCGUUGAUUUUCGGUUGAAGUACACGCAAUAUCAAAUAAUAAGCCCAGUUAGAAUUUUUGAUGGUUAGAUUCCUGUGCGACACCUAAUAAAACAGUAUUACCUAAUUUUGCUCAAUGUUUAUAAAAAUUAUUAUAAAUUUAUAACCAAAACAAAACUUUAUCGGUAUACAAUUUGUUUUACGCUAUCUAUUCUACAGUUUUUAUUGUUUUCGUAGAUAACUGUAGUCUGGAAAUUAACAAACGUUUUAUAUAAUCACGUAAUAAACAAAGAUAGAAGAUAUUUCAGUUGUAAACAAGUCUGUAGCUCUGUAUCUUACCAUUUAUGUAACUACAAUGAUAUCAUUAUAUUUUUAAUAUGUUAUGCAAUUAACCAGUGUAAAUUUCAAAACAACGUCUCGAUGUUUCAUAUUUAAUUCAUUUGUUUGACUACACCGAACUGAGAUCUCUGAUUUGCAAUUAACCAGUGUAAAUUUCAAUAUAACGUCGCGAUGUUUGAAAAUUAAUUCAUUUGUUCGACUGCAAUCCCUUUACCGCUUGCUAUUGCACAAUCGAUGCAAUCCGGUGGGGCACCUCAGUUCAGUGCAGUCGACCAAAUGAGUUAAAUAUGAAACAUCGUGACGUUAUCUUGAAAUUUAAACUGGUUCCAUUGACUGGUUCCAAGUCAUUUUGACUUGAGCUUGGUUAUUUUGACUCGUUUUUUAGUCAUGUAUUUCUAUUGUUUUGCUUUAUAUCCUCUUGGAUUACAAUAUUUUUUAUUUAUCCAACUUCUGAUGUUUUCCAUAAUAUAUUUCUACCAUUUCUUUGGACUUAUUUUCCAGUCUUUUCUUCUCUUCUUUCUUCUCUAGUAUGUAAUUAUUUAUACAUAUAAAUGUCAUAUUAUUCUACUAUAGUAGAUACAAUUAUUCAUUCGUUAAGCUUAGAAUCCCUAGUGGAUUGUAGUGUGUCCUUUGCUGUUGUAGUGACUCUUUUCCAUUUCUUCCUGUCCUUGCACUAAAGUAGUUACAUAAAUGCUUGAUUUAUCUUUAAAAAUUACAACUCUUGUCUGUUUUAUGGAAGACAAUUAUGUAUAUGAUAUAAAGCCCAGACUAAUAAACAUGCGUCCAAGAAUAGUUACAGUAUUGUUAUAUUUUGUUAAUUAGUUCAUUUUUUGUUAUGUUUUUAGAAUGUAAUUUUUCCUUCCUACAAAUUUUCCAUAUCACCUUCCACACAACUUCCACCACGAUUCCGUCCUCUAGUCUAUGCCGUCUCAGUAACAUACUUUGUAAUAAAUGUUUUGUAUGGUUUUAAAAUAUUUGUAUAAAGUUAUUAAUAAAAAUAUGCAUAAUGUAUAUA